AUGUGUUUAAUCAAAAGUGUUGAAGAGAAGUGUUGGAGUGAUUAUAAAAGUAUUGUAGUGAUGAAGAACAAGCAUAAGAUGCGGCGAAGUGUUAAGAAAGAGAAAAUGUUGAAACCAAAACGUAUGAGUGAAAUUCGAAAUAAUGGAGAGAAAGAGUCGAGUUGUUUGAGUGUGACACGACAAGAUCACAACACUAGUGUGACACAACAGAAGACAAAAUACCCACGAAUACUAUUCAGACGAAGUGACAGAACACGACAGAGUGAAGACAAAAUUGAGAAAUUGAGUCGUUCAGAGAAGUCACAACGACAACUUGAAGAAGAUGAAAAUAACAAGAUGUUGAAUAGGCAAUAUUGGCGUGGAGUGGAUAACAAUACAUGA